CAGGCUCAGGGAAAGUUCAAGAUGGUAAAAAGUCCCCGUAAGUAGGAAACGAACCUCAUAAAAGGUGUCAUCUCUGAACAAGAGUUCUGGAUUUUUGCAUUUCUUUUUGUCUCAGACCAACACGGCUACCAAACACAUCCUCAUUAUCAACCAGGCAUAAGAAAGAUGGGCGAUCCUAUAGGGAACAAUAACAGCCUCUGGCCCAAGCAAGAUGCAGGUCACCACCCAAAGCCAAGGUAUUGCUCAGGAAUGUGGACUGUGAGGAAGAUGGGCUUGGCUGGGUAUCGGUUUUAGCACCUGGGUGUGUGCAUAUGUGCACAUGUGAGACAGAAAGCGAGAGCCCAGUCAUGGAUCUGUGCUAGGUGCUGUACGUACAGACAAUAAAAUGAUAUGUUUUGCCCUGGCUUCCCCUUGAAACUCCCCAGCCCUCCAUGUCCAUUGUCACCAAGGGGCUCUCAGACGUUCUCUGCUACCGUCCUCUUAGGAAACCAGCUCCUGGACAUGUCCCCGUUGCCAGGAAGGGAGCUGGGUUCUGGAGUGCGUCCUGAGAAGUCAACUGCUACGGUAACGCACGUCCGGGCAUGGGACAGCACCAAGGAGAGUCGCCUCAGUUAUCUUGCCCGACCGAAAAUCAAUCACCAGAUCAACUACAACAAGGUUUCAGUCUACUGGACGGAUAAAGUGCCCUCAAAGGCCGGCAGAUUCACCGUCCCUGUCUUGACUGCCAGGCAAGAACAACUUUCUCAGCCCAAAAGGAUCUGCCCCGGGUUUGAAGAAAACAGAAACCUGCUCUCCCCCGAAUGGCCGGUGGGUGCUGCCUCCAGACAUGCUAUGGCUUCUCCUCGGGUGAAGGAGCUGGCACGUCCAAAAGAGGUCAGCCGGGCCUGGGAAGCAGAGCGCUCCGUCUACACCGUCGUAAGUAGAUCCGCAGGGACAGGGAGUCCAUCACUUGUCUGUCUGUCUGUCCGCCUGUCGGGGAGCCCAUCAUCUGUCCAUCUGUGGGGUUCUUCACAGAGGGAGUAUUUGGGACCAUGCAUGUUGGGUUUCUGCAUCAGCCAUAAUGUUUUGAACCCCCAGCCCCUUACCAUACCCAUGCAUUCACUUUUCACCUGGUGGCAAGCUCAUUUUACAACAGCAGCUCAGGGGCAUGAGACUGGAGCCUUGCAGUGGCAGGGGCUGGAUGAGCAUCGUGUAAAAGAUGAGCCUGAGAAGCUUGCAGAAGAAACCAGGGCACAGCAUGAAGCUGCUGGCCUAAGUCACCCCCUGCCCACUGACUCCUACUCUUACAUCCGUGGCCACAAGGCUCUGCCAGUCCCUUUUUGGCAUGGAAGCAUUUGACCCUGCUUUGCAUUAACCUGAAUGACUGUGCAAUGAGCAGGCCAAUGGGAAAAUCAGGCCCUUUGUAUCCUGAAAGACAAAAUCGGGCCGCGCAGCACACGGGCAGCCUGCAGUGACGGCUGGUUGAGAGUCGGUAUUCUUCCUCCGGGGCUUGACACAUGCACGGCGCUUUGAGGAUCUCCAGUUAAACAUAUCCUCUAAUGCACAAGUCUUGGAGCAAGUCUCUUUGAUUCUGUCCCCCACUGAGACUCGGAUAUGGGGGUGGGCAGGCAAGGAGGCCCAUAAAUAUGGCAUCCUAUUUAUGAAUCAUGAAGUUGCAUGCACGGAUGUCUGUUCAAUUAAUGGGAUGCCUGCUGUUGUUUCCCUCUGGUUACUGUAAACUCGGAAGCUUGCAGCUCCUGUUUUACGUUUUCUUCUCUCCUAUCGGCGCUGCAGAGCUCAGCUCCAAAGCGGCGUCUGGUUUUUGAGGGAAGUUGCUGCGUCCUCAGACCCCCCUUCAGCCCAUUUCCAGCUGGGUUGAGCUCCUUGGCCGCAGGGAAGCCAUUGGCUUGGCACAGACCCUGCCAGUUGCUCUAUUCCCUGGAUCUGCUCACGUGCCCAUGCGGCCGCUGCGUUUGUGUAAGCCUCUUUCCUGGUUGAAGGUACCCCAUGGGCCCAAGGUUACGUCCCAGGUCUUUUGAUGCUUGCGGAGACUCUUGCAUCGCACAAACGAUAGGGACAUGGGUUGGGGGAGUGUGAGAUGCUGCCGGACCCGGAGCUGGGUGUGAAGGCCCAAAGGGUGCAUGUUGCUGAAGCCUGAGCUCAUGCAAAGGUGUAGUGUUAAACUAAAGGUGUACAAAUGGAGCUGGGAGGCAGAGAAAACUGACCCAAUCCUUUGAUUUCAGGUGAGUGAAGGUGCCAGGAAAGCGGCUCCUCGAGAACGAACCAUCCACCUAGCGAAGCCGAAAAGACGGGACUUCUCAGCCUGCCUGAACGCCACUUCCAUCCCUCCUCCAAAAAAGCAUUUUACCAGAACCAAAUCCUUAGCUAGUAAGAGCGCCUCUUCCUCACCCUAUUAGCAGGAACAUGCCUUCCCCCUCCAGGCCAUUCCCUCUGCUUCCCAUCCCUAGGGACCACACAGCAAAAUCAAUCCAUCAGUGUCUUUCAGAGACAAAGAAAUAUCUGAGCCUUGUAAGACCAGCUUCCCAAACAGAGCUCAUUGUGGAUGUGUAGCUUUUCUCAUUAUCCGUCAUCUCCUUCCUAUCCCGCCUUCUGGUCCCAGAAGUCCUGCCUCCAGCAAGUGGUUCUCAAAUGUCUUAUCUGCAGUCUAGGUUGCAUUAGUGUUUGUAGGCCUUAUGAGCUACCCAAGUACUGAGUAUUAUUCUUCUUUUGAGAAGGGGCAUUGUCUACCGGGGAGAACACAGAAAUGGUGGUGGUGGGGUCGGAAGACCUGAAUACUAGAAGCAAAUUCUAGAGUCAAAUCCUAGCAAGAUGUUUCACCUUCCACGUGCUUGUUUCUCCCAAAUACCCAUCUCUCCAGGGCACUGUGAAGUGUAACGAUUGAGAGCUUUGAGAUCCUAACUGAAAAUAUAUUCCCAUGGAAGAAAGCAACCCUUGGGACCCUUUCACAAUACUGAAUCCCAGAGUCUUUUUAACAAGCCGUUUCUUUCUAUACCCCGUGAUUUGUUCCUUGUAGAGCCGAAAAUGGAACAUCCAAGCUACCGCCACGAAAAGCUAGUCCCAUGGCCUGUGUCUGCAGGAGCCAAGAAAGCCAUGGCAUCUGCAA